GGGAGCUUGGUAUCAGUUGUUUACAGUGGAGCGGAGCUCUCCAGUCAGUGCACCGCUCGCGCCGCUCGCUCGCUCGCUCGCACGCGCAUCUCUGUAUGGGAUAACGCAGCUUUACGCAGCUUCUCAGGACUUUUUUUGCGGACAUUUCUGGCGCGUGUUCUCUGGCUGUACUUCUCUAAAACACACUGUUGGUUAUGUGGUAAACCCGGCCGGGCUCUGGUUUACCUUGUUUCCUGCCUGAGACAGGUGCGCGUGGCUCGGCUUUCCUCUGAAGAAGGCGUCGGUAGAGGCUGGUUUGGGGGUUUUAUAGAGUCUACAGAGCUACCUACACAAUCAAACGACGAAGAUAAAGAGACGGAAUGGAUAACGAAAAGUAUUUACCGGAAUUGCUGGCGGAGAAGGACUCGCUGGACCCGUCGUUUCAACACUCCCUACGGCUGCUCGACAUAGAAAUCGAGAAGGUGCAGAAAGACGAGGAGAAAGAGGACGAGAAGUUCAUUGAUGUCGUCAUAAACAAGAACAUGAAACUGGGUCAGAAAGUGCUGAUUCCUGUCAAACAGUUCCCCAAAUUUAACUUUGUGGGAAAGCUGCUGGGCCCCAGAGGGAACUCACUAAAGAGGCUACAGGAAGACACACUCACCAAGAUGUCCAUCCUGGGCAAGGGAUCCAUGAGAGAUAAAGAGAAGGAGGAGGAGCUGCGGAAAAGCGGAGAAGCCAAAUAUAAUCACCUCAACGAGGAUCUACACGUGCUGAUCGAGGUUUUCGCCCCGCCCGCCGAGGCCUACGCCCGCAUGGGACACGCCCUGGAAGAGAUUAAGAAGUUCCUCAUUCCGGAUUAUAAUGAUGAAAUCAGACAAGCUCAGCUGCAGGAGUUGACAUUCCUGAACGGAGGAUCAGAGGAUGCCAAGGUUCCAGCGGUGAGAGGGAAGUCCAGCACCAGGGCCAGAGGCACACCUGCACCAGGAUCACACAGGAGUAGAGGAGGCGUGCCACCGCCGCAGGCUGCGGUUCCUCGAGGGGUGGCACCCAGAGGAGCCCCGCCCAGCCGUGUUCCAUCCAGCAGAGGGAGGGGUGUUCCUGCACAGAGGGCACGUGGAGCUCCGCCCCCUGGAGGGUACAGACCACCUCCGCCUGUUGUGCAGGACUCAUACGGAGAAUACGAAUACGACGAUGGAUACGGAACGGCCUACGAUGACCAAGGGUACGACUCAUUCGACAGUUACAAUAACCAAGGACAGAAUUCAGACGAGUAUUAUGAAUAUGGUCCGGGUCUGAGCGGGGAAUCCUACGACUCGUACGGUCAGGAAGAGUGGACAAACGGCCGCAACAAAGCUCCGCCGGCGAGGACGACCAAAGGAGUGUACAGAGACCAGCCCUACUCCAGAUACUGAACUCUAAAUCAGCUGCACCUGUCCGUGCUCUCCCAAGUAAUGGAUUUUCUAUGGACUCCCCCCUUUCUUUCCUUUUUUUAGAAUAAACUCGAGCAAAACCACAAAAACAGAACAGCAGCAGAGAGGAGGGGACGCCGGGGGGUGGGGUUUAACGGGGACGGCCAGUCAGUUGACGCCACUUGGAUCGUCUCUUCUUUCCCGAGUUACUAAACCUGUGAUCACUAACUUACAGUAUAUUGUAAAGUACAGUAGAUUAACCUACCAGAAUCUUCUACACCCGUAAAUGGACAGUUCUGGGGGGGUUGGGGGGUAUUAGG